GACAUCAUUGUCAUGUGUGUCUCUGAAAAGUGAGAGAUCAGCUCCAUUACCCCUGAACUUCAGUGAUGAAGAACAGAGAAAUAAAGAAAGGAGGGGCAGCUGUCUGCUCCCGAGGCACACUGCAGAGGCACGGAGGAGAAUGAGCUCAUGGGGAUUGCAGGUGGAUCUGUGUAUGAUGCGCUGCUGGAGGUUAUGGACCACGUCAAGUCUUGCCGCGGAAGCGGGCUAAGAAGGUGGUGCCACGGGGUCACCUCGAUGAGCGCUAUCUCUCGACCCUAACCCCCCAGCUUAAGCAAGUCUUCCAUUUCUUCCUGAUCGCCAUACGGAAUAUGAGAAGGUCCAGGUCUGAGCCCGAACAACACAGGGGUCCUGGGAAGUCAUCCAGAUGAGGCAACGUUCUCGCCUGGAUCAGAGUAAAAUCUGAACAUCUACUCUCUUCCGUCGGGGGCUUUUACAUCUGCCCUUAUCUUCCCCUUCUGAAUGCCCCUGCAACCACCAUCAACUCCACCUGACCGAGGUUAGGUGAGAACUUGUGAUGUUUUUGGUAAGCUUCUAUGUUUCAUAGAAACUACCUUUACUGAUGGUCUAGAACUAACCCUCCUUCGGACUUCAACUUCUGAACUGGAGUAAUGCGCGGGAACCAUGGUGGGUGAGUACAAUGCUGCUAUUUUGUGUCUAGCCUCCGAAUUUGUCUGUUGUGCUUUACUUUUCAUUUAGGUAGGUCCUCAACGAGUACCCCCCUCUUUACUACUGUCUACGAUUAUGGUUUUGCUCAUCUAUGCUGGAUCUGCCUUUGCAUAACUCUCUGAUGAUGUGGCCAGUCAUUAGGACUCUGAGGAAAACUAUUGGCUUUCAGGUCCGUAUUACAGAACUGCAUCUUAGGACUUGCAGGUCCUUCUUCCAGGUAAGCUCUCUGGUAGCUAUACUUCAAAGUAUGCCCCAGGACAUCCCUGGCUGGACACCUGGCCUCGGAGGCGACCUGACUGGAAUAUGUCUCGCCCUGAGGGGCUUCCUGUUUCAGGCUGUCCACCCAAUCAUCAUGCAUUAAUCUGAGUGAGGGUAGGAACUCUCAAGUAGGAACAAACCGGCUAUCCCCUCACACUGCCUUUCAAUGAACUAUAAAAUGUGUGUGGAAAUACCACAAGAGCAUGCAGAGUCCACACCUGCCAAAGGAGUCUGUCAGCACCACCACAGAGACCUGGAGAUUUUCUGUAAGACAGAUAACAUGUACAUCUGUGGCAUAUGUGCUGGGCAAGAGCACCAACGACACAGGAAAACCUACACUGCGAAACCUAAUGUGUCAGACUGUAAAACCCUGCUCUAUCAUGUCUUGGGAAACAUGGGGUUAGAAGAUUUUAAAACCUUUAAAAUAGUACUAUCAAAGGAUUACCCAGAGUGCUUAGGAAGUGAGCUGGAGGAGCUCAUUGUCUCUGAUGUUGCUGAGAAAAUAGCAAAGUGCUUUGGAGGAGAAACAGCACUGAGAAUCACGUUACACUUCCAGGCAAAUGGUAAUCCACUUAAAAAAAUCACAGAAGCCAAUAAGGCAAAACUUCGGAAUGAAUGUCAGCAUAUAAACGAAGGAAAUUCAUCUGAAGGUAAACAGAAUUUACUGAAGGAGAUCUACACUGAUCUGUACAUGACAGAGGGUGGAAGUGAAGAGAUUAAUAAUGAAUAUGAAGUGUUGAGGGAUGAAAUGAUUUCACAAAGCAGGACCAGCAGUCCUCUCACAUGUAAUGACAUCUUUAAGAUACCUCCAGGACAAAACAAACAAAUCAGAACAGUCCUGACAAUGGGCAUAGGUGGCAUUGGAAAGAAUGUGUCGGUGCACAAAUUCAUUCUAGAUUGGGUGGAUGGAAUAGCAAAUCAAGAUAUUCAAAUCAUCAUCCAUCUACGAUUUCGUGACCUCAACCAGAAAAAGGGGAACUGCAGUCUUCUACAGCUGAUUCAACAAUAUGCUCCUCAACUGAAAGAAACCAAUGUUAAAGAAAUGAAAGUGCUUUUUAUUUUAGAUGGUUUAGCGGUCUGUCAGUAUCCUCUUGAUUUCGAUAAUAAUGAUCAAUGUGCUGAUACAAAUGUGGAAGUUCCUUUGGAUGUGCUGCUCACGAACCUCAUCAAGGGAAAUCUGCUCCCCUCAGCUCUCCUCUGGAUAACCACACGGCCAUCAACAGCCAAUCGGAUCCCUCCUGAAUGUGUCCAUCAGGUCACAGAGAUUCGAGGGUUUAAUGACAAUCAAAAGGAAACAUACUUCAGGAAGAAAAUUACUGAUCAGAAGCUGGCGAAUGAAAUCAUCACACACAUCAAAUCAUGUCGGAGCCUCUACAUCAUGUGCCACAUGCCCAUCUUCUGCUGGAUUUCUGCCACUGUGCUAGAAAAUAUGAUGAAAGAUGAAAACUCUGAUCAAAUACCCAGAACUUUGACUGAGAUGUUCACUCGCUUCCUGCUCAUUCAGAUCAGCCUCAAACAUAAGAAGUUCAAUGGAGCUGAUGCUGACAACCCAGAGAAACUUUCUGAAUUUGACAAGAAAUUAAUUCUGGAUCUUGGAAAACUGGCUUUCCAGCAACUGGAGAAGGGCAACUGGAUUUUCCAAGAAGAGGAUCUGAAAGAUGGUGGCUUAGAUGUCAGUAAGGUCUCAGAGUACUCAGUGUGCACAGAGAUCUUCAGAGAAGAGCUGGGUUUGUACAGGGAGAAGGCCUACAGCUUUGUUCAUCUGAGCUACCAGGAGUAUCUGGCAGCGAUAUAUGCCCACUUUGCAUGUGUUAAUAAUGGGAAAAAUGUUCUUGACAAAGAUGAAUCAACACAUCUUUCUGAUUUGCAUAAGUGUGCAGUAAACAAAGCUUUAGAGAGUGAAAAUGGACAUCUUGACCUCUUCCUUCGCUUUCUUUUGGGUCUUUCUGUUGAUCCUAACUGCACUCUCCUGCAAGACCUUCUCACCAAAGACAGUUCAAGUAAACCCUGUGUAGACAAAAAAAUGACAGUGCAUUUAAUCCAAGAGACAAUAACACAGGAACAAUCACCAGACAGAAUCAUCAAUCUGUUUCACUGUUUAAAUGAGCUGAAUGACAACACUCUUGUUAAAGAAAUCCAGACUGCUAUGAAAUCAGGAACGCUGAUGGGUAGCGAGCUGGAGCCAGAGCAGUGGUCAGCUUUGGCUUAUGUCUUGCUGAAAUCUGGGCAGGAAUUAGAUGAGUUUGACAUGAAGAAGUUCCACACAUCAACAGAAAACCACCAAAGACUGCUGCCAGUGCUCAGGAUCUGCAAAAAGGCCAGAUUGAAUUGUAAUCUCUCAUUUGAGUCCUGUGGAAUAGUGGCCUCAGCUUUACAGUCAGUCAACUCACCCUUGAGAGAGCUGGAUCUAAGCAACAAUAAACUCGAAAAGCGUGGAGUGAAUGCCCUCUUGACUGGUCUAACAGGUCCAAAUUGUCAAUUGCAAACACUCAGUCUUGCUGGCUGUAAUUUCCCAUCAACAUCCUGUCCAGAUUUGGCCUCAGCUCUCAAGUCAACAAACUCACACCUGAGAGAACUGGAUCUGAGUUACACUAAGAUAAGUGCUCCUGGAAUGAAUAAGCUCUGUGACGGACUAAUUAGUCCGCACUGUAGACUUCAGAAACUCAAGUUAAAGCGGUGUUGGCUCACACCGAGAAGCUGUGUAUAUCUAGCAUCAGUUCUUAAAUGUAAUUUACACUUGAGGGAGCUGGAGCUGACAAGCAAUGAUCUGCGGGAUUCAGGAGUGGAGCAGCUUUCAAUAGGACUACAGGAUCCACAGUGUAAAUUAGAGAUACUCGGACUGUCGGGGUGUAUGAUCACAGAGGAGGGCUGCCGUUCACUGGCCUUAACUCUCAGCUCAAACACUGGUCAACUGAGAGAACUGGAUCUGAGCUACAACCACCCUGGAGACUUAGGAGAGAAACUGCUCUCAGCUAAAAAAGAGGAUCCAAACUGUAAAUUGGAGAAACUACAUGUUGAGAAAGGAGGAGAGUGCCGGAUGAAACCAGGUCUGAAAAAAUAUGUCUGUCAGCUAACGGUGGAUCGGAGCACAGUACAUCCACGCCUGAAAGUGUCCAAUGGAAACAAGAAAAUAUCGGAAAGUACAGAGGAGCAGAAAUACCCUGAUCAUCCGGACAGAUUCACACUGUAUCCCCAGGCUAUGUGCAGAGAGCCUCUGACUGAUCGCUGUUACUUUGAGGUGGAGUGUGAGGGUGGAGUUGGAGUGGGAGUGGCCUAUAAGACUUCAGAUAGAAGAGAGAGUAUAAUGGGAGUUAAAAACACAUUCCCUACUCUGCUCUGUCUGGAUGGCAAACUGAAACUGUGGCAGGAUAAUGAGAUGACUUGUGAGUUUCCUGUGUAUGCUCGGUCUAAAAGAGUAGGAGUUUAUGUGGACUUGGAAAAAGGAAGUCUGUCAUAUUACAGCAUUCAUGACAAAUUCAGUCACCUGCACACACACCGCACUACAUUCGAACACUGCUUAUAUACAGGGUUUAUUUUUCUGCCGGACUCCUCAGUGACUCUGUGUGAGUUGACAUAGACCCUGAGAGAGUGGAUAUUUCAUAAAUAUAUUUUUUUGUGUGUGUGUGUGUGUGUGUAGGGGGGGGGGGGGGUGUAUGGCUUACUUGCAUUUUCUUAGUAGAAAAAAUACCUUAAAAAAGAAAAAUUCAAAACUUUGUUAUUUAGUUUUAUAGUAUAUAUAUAGUUUCGUGUGAGGAGUAGGUUUAGGGGUGGGGUUAGUGUAAGGUGAUAGAAUAUACAUUAUAUACAGUUUAAAUACAAUUAUGCCUGCAUAUUUGUAAAAUACACAUAAUUAAUAACAUUCUCACCAAAUCAUUUUAUGGUUAACAAAGCUUUAAAAAAGUCACACUUUGCAUAGAGUUUAUAAACCAUGAAUUAACUAUACAUGAAGACUUUGUGAAUGAUUUGUAAGUACUUUAUCGCCAAGAAAACUGUCCUCAUGAACUGGAAAUCAAGAAAUUCCAUACAUAUUGCAUUCUGGAAGAAUCUACUAAUUGAGUGUAUCACAAUGGAAAGUCUAUCCAGUUCAUUUAAUAGUAAUACAGUAGAAUCACACCCUUUCUGGUCAUCUCUAAUUACCCUCCAGCAGUCAUAAUCUAUUGACCUUCUUUGUCUGAGACCAACCACAACAA